AUGUCCGUAAAGAGGAUAGACAUCACCUCGGACAUACAAUGUCCAUUCUGCUUGAUAGGUGUCAAGCAGUUACUGAACACUCUCGAGAAGUACAAGAACGACCAUCCUGAGUCAUCAGAAUAUCAAAUUCGAUUGUUACCAUACCAGUUAGAUCCAUGUUUGACACACGAACCUUCGAGCAGAUUGGAUUACUAUAAGAAGAAAUUUGGUGAAGAGAAAGCCAAACAAAUUACAAGUGCUAUGGGAGCGAGAUUGGAGAGUCUGGGAUAUAAAAGCGAUUACGGCGGUACCGUUUCUUCCACCCACCUUGCCCACCGAAUCCAAACUUAUGCACUCCUUAAAACCCCUUCCAAGCAGCUCCCAUUGGCUAUGGACAUAUUUGAGGGAUUCAACGGAUAUAAGAAAGAUCCAUCAGACAAGCAGUGGUUGUCCUCCCUGGCGGUCAAACACUCCAUAUUCGAAAAUGAACAGCAAGCCACGCAAUGGUUGGAAGGGAACGAAUGUGAUGAACAGGUCAGGCAGAGUUAUAUGAUUGCGAAGAAAUUGGGUGUAACGGGUGUACCGUUCUUUGUCUUCCAAGGGCAAUAUGCUGCGUCGGGUGCGAUGGGUGAAGAAGAGUUUUACAAGUUACUGGAAGAAAUUGAUAAGAGAGAAAGUACACCCAAACAGGAUUCACCAGCCAUCAUCGCUCAAGGAGAGGUUUGCCAGAAAGACAGUGUAUGCUGCAAGGUCUAA